AUGCGGCCCAUGACGCGAAGGCUGGCGGACGGCGUGCUGCAGGGCAAUCGCACGGCUCUCAGUCGGUCCAUCACGUUGGUGGAGUCGACGCUCAAGAGCGACGAGGAGCAGGCGGAGCUGCUGCUGGACAGCGUGCUGGCCCAGCGCCGGUCUUUGAAGCCCGCUCACGUUGACCAGGCGGGGCUGACGUCCUUCCGACUCGGCAUUGCCGGCCCUCCAGGCGCCGGCAAGUCCACGUUUAUCGAGACACUGGGGCAGUUCCUCACUGCGCAGGGCCACAAGGUGGCGGUGCUGGCCAUCGAUCCGUCAUCAUCUCGGUCAGGAGGCUCCAUCUUGGGCGAUAAGACGCGCAUGGAGAAACUGUCGAAUGACCCGAAUGCGUUCGUGCGCCCGUCACCGUCGCGCGGCACGCUGGGCGGCGUCGCACAGCAUACAAACGACAUUGUGCUGCUCUGUGAGGCUGGUGGAUACGACAUUAUUCUUGUGGAGAGCGUUGGUUUGGGUCAAUCCGAGAUCGUGAUUGAUGAUACAGUGGACAUGGUCAUGCUGCUUGUUCCUCCAGCUGGAGGCGACGAGCUGCAGGGCCAGAAGAAGGGCAUCGUGGAAAUUGCCGACAUCGUUGUGGUCAACAAGGCGGACGGCGAGCUUGCAGCACCGGCGAAGCACACUGCGGUGGACUAUAUGCACGCCAUGCAUUUAAUGCGACGAAAGGAUCCAGACUGGGAACCGAAGGUGAAAAUGAUAUCAGCUCUUGAGAAGAAGGGCAUCGACAAGGUGUGGGCAAUAAUUGAAGAGUAUCGGAAGACGAUGGGCGAGCUGGAUAAGAUUGCUCAAAAACGUAAUGCACAAAGCUCCAAGUGGAUGUGGAACCAGUUGAAUGAGCAGCUCAUGCGAUCUGUCUCGCGCAGUGCAGCAGUGCGGCACAAGGCAGACAAGAUGAAGGAGGACCUCGUUCAUGGCUUCAUCAGUCCUCGUUCAGCUGCUGCAACCGUGCUUGAACUAUUUCUUAAGUCUCAACAAGAGGCAAAAUGA